AAAAAGGAAGUGCCAGACCUCACAGAGUUCUAGGCUCUCUCAGAGACACUAACCUGUUGAAAAUCUUGUCCAGCUGAGCAGUGACUUCUGUGGUAUCUUGAAAGCAGGGACACAUCACAAGAGCAGGCUCCAACAGGAGCAAGACUGCCCAGGAUGUCCAACUGCCUGCCAAAACUGACCACAGGGCUGCUGAGCCACAGGCUCGGGGUUCUGUUUAUCCUCGCCAUUUCAUUUGUGUUCUUGACCUCUGUCAUGUUCUACUGGAGAAGUGAGGAGGAUGCUGAGGGCCAGUUCUACAGCUGGCCUACACAGUUUUUGCCUUACCUUCCCCAUCCCACCACCAGUGGGCCCCCUCCUCCACCAGGGGACGUGUUUUUUGUGGAGACCUCGGAGCGAACUGACCCAAGUUACCUGUUCACAUGCUCUGUGGAGUCAGCAGCCAGGACGCACCCUGGGACAAGGGUCGUGGUGCUCAUGAAAGGUUUGCCUAGUGGGAACGCCUCAUUACCCAACCACUGGGCAUUAUCCUUGCUCAGCGGCUUCCCCAAUGUGGAAAUCCGGCCCCUGGACUUGCCAGAGCUUUUCGCAGGGACGCCUCUGGCAAAGUGGUACUUGCAGCCUGAGCACCAGAAGGAACCUUAUUACUUACCCGUCCUUUCUGAUGCCUGCAGAAUUACCAUCAUGUGGAAGUUUGGUGGCAUCUACCUGGACACAGACUUCAUUGUGCUUAGGAACUUGAAGAACCUCACCAAUGCCCUUGGUAUGCAGUCUCAGGAUGUACUGAAUGGGGCCUUUCUGUCUUUUACACCCAAGCAUGAGUUCAUGACGCUUUGCAUGCAGGACUUUGUGGAUAACUACAAUGGCUGGAUCUGGGCGCACCAGGGCCCAGGACUCUUAACGCGUGUCUUCAAGAAGUGGUGCUCCAUCAGUAAUAUCCAGAACAACAUGAACUGCAAAGGAGUGCGUGCUCUCUCCCCAGAAGCCUUUUAUCCUAUUCGCUGGGAGGACUGGAAGAAGUUAUUCGAUACAAUCAGCUCCUCGGAGCUUCACAGUCUCCUUAAGAACACCUAUGCAUUGCACGUAUGGAACAAACUGAGCCACGGGACAAAGCUAGAGAUCACGUCCCAGGCUUUGCUGGCUCAGCUGUAUUCUCAGUUCUGCCCUGCCACAUAUGUGAAGAUGAAGGAGGACUCUGGAGAGCCGUAAUGUGACCUGCGGGCCCUUGGCUGCUGGGAAGUUCCCCAACCCGAGGGAAACGGAGUGCCUGUCACCUUCCACAGAGUUGGUUUCUAGCCCGCGGAGCAGGUAUUCUGUGUGACUGCUCAGAGAUUUUGUACCAUUUCUGAUAUCUGCCUCAGAUCCCACGUGCUUCAAAUAUACACUAGAACCCGAGUUUGGACUCUCUUGUUGUCCUUCAGUAGCCCUUGAUGCUGCGGGGAAGGGUGAACUUGUUCAUUGGUGCCCAUCAGUUGCUCCUCUGUGGCUGUUCCCUCAAUUGUAUGAGGUCUGUAAAGCCUCUCGUGUAGUUUCAACAGCUAUAGGAACCCUUGGCUUGCCCUCUGUAACGUUUCUAAGUAUGUGAAUAAAUGCCAGCUAGUGCUAUAGGACACGGUUUAGAGGAGCUUAGGACCAAAUUCCCCAGGAGGUAAAGAUUCUUACGGCUGGUGGUGUUUUGGGAGAGACUGUGAGCAUAUGCAAAUUGCUUUAAGAAACGGAAGAUGUUUUCAAUCCCUGCUUGGCUCAGCGUAAAGUUUUUCUUGCUUUCCAAAGGUACUUAAUUUCAAAGAUCUUUUCUACUGUUUGAUGUUCCACAGUGACAGGCCAUCUUUUCUGGUCCUCUUCAGGAAAAGAAAUAGCCAAAAGCAGUUCUUUUACCAGUGUGAGUAGAGAUCCUUGCUUUGUUGGAGAAAUUCUUGUGGCAUGUGAGUAUCUAACCAGUCCCUGUCACACUCUAAGAGGGUCUCAGCAUCUGCCUGUUCCUGCAUUGGUAUGAGAAGGAAAAGCGUUACCUUCCUUUCAUUGGAGUAUGGAACGCAUUUUUGGAAGAACAGGGCAGACAUGACCACAUCAGCAGAAGGACCAGUGACCAGGUCCAGAAAUAGGAGCACCGUCCCUAGCGACAUCAUCUUAUUGUCACUGGGGAUCUAGUCAGCUGAUUACACAGGGUCAUUCAUCUAACCCUAAUGCAGAUUACACGAGCAGAUAAGUGUCUUCAGGCAUCACUGCCUGUAACGGGAACACAGGUGCCUGUACCGUGGACUUUUAAAGUUAGGUGAGAUAAAGCCAACUGUGGCUUCUAGCAAACCAGGGCAGAGCCGAUGCAACCUGCUAUUGAUCCAAUGACCAUUUUCAUAUCUGAAUGUGUUUCCUGUGUGUCCAGGGCACUGCAAUUGUAAAAAUGCAUUUGCAAUUAACCUCUUAUGAAAUGAGGUGAGGAGAAAAAAAAUAUGCUGUGGUUCUGCAGGUGCCAAAUCAAAAUUCCUGUCUGGAAGGCAAAAUGUAAGCAAGAUGGGGUUAUUGCUCUUUCAGAUAUGCAGUAGCUAACAAAUAAGAGAAAUAUGUGUAUCAAUUUUAAUAUAGCCUUUUCCUCAAUUCCAUUAUCUGCUGAAAAGUACAAUGUUAUCCACGAAGGAAGGCUGAUGUAUGUUUGAUCCGGCCUUUAAUAUGAGCAGCAGGAUGUUUCAAGGUUUGUCAGACACUGAGCCAUGGCACACUAUUAAUUAAACACCUCAUUGCAGACCAAAAGUGAGUCAUCAAUUUUUACUCAAAAUGACUUGUAUAACACAUCAACUUACUCUGCCAUCUGGUCCUGUCCCCCCGCCUCAAAAAAAGAAUGCAAUGUUGCCUGAUGAUUCUAACUACUAGUCUUCACUACUGGUGCUGAGGAGUACUGGAUAUGCUGUUCCAAUAUGGUGCCCAUGGCGGCAAACAACCAUCUGUAGGUCAUACUGUUCUAUCUUCACUGUUUCACGUGUGACUCUUUCUUCAGCCAGCAGGAAAAUGACAGUGUAAAGGGCAAAUUCAAACUCCGGGCUGACACCAAUAAAGGUACUUCCAAUUGGCUUGACCGAGCCUUUCCAGCUGAACUGGAUGUUCAAAACUUGGUCAUCUUUGUCAGGCUGAAAGCAUAAACAAAACAACAGAAUGUUGUCACAGCUGUGACCAGACAGAUACAAUUUCCAACUCCAGAUUUGUGAGAGCAUUGCCAGAUUCAGUUAUCCUUGCUGUGUCAGGGUGCUAUAGCUGGAGCACGGCCUUUUCCCUGUCCUCUGGAGCGUAUGUGAGCAUUUAUCUUAAUUAAGCUUCAGCAGUGUUGCGAUUCUGUAAACAGCAGCACUACUUUUUAAAAUAGUUUUUGCAAAAAAAGAAGCUGGACUUGAGGGCAUGCUAGUAUUUCUUCUGCUUAUUUACACCUGGGCAAAUUAGAUUCAAAGCAGUCAGUCCUACGAUUGCAUCAUUGUGCCUUGAUUCAUUGCCACAGCUUUUAUUUCUGGAUCCAUUUGUCUUAUUUGCAAAGGUACCCUGUUUGUUCUUACCCUGGUUUUGUUCUUCCGAGUGACAUAUCCCUUGUAGUCAAUUUGGUUGCGCUUUUCCUGAAGGUAAAAUUGCACCCAGUUGUGUAAACCUAAGAUCUGUUUACCAUGCCUUGUUUCUCCAACAAAAACAUGUUCAAAACCACAAGAAUCAGGUCUGUAAUAAAACAAAGAAUAACAUAUAGGUCUUCUAUGUGUUUAAAUAGUUCAAAUUGGUAGAGGUAAAAGGCAAGAAGAUGCACAAGCUUGUUUAGGUUGAUUUGUGAACAGGUUUUUUUAUUUUUCUGGAUUUGUUGGGUUUUCUUUCUUUGCACAAAACUUGCAAUGAAAUCUAGCCAUGAAGUCUAAAUUUGUAUUUGAUGAUGAAGGUUGCUAGUAAAUGCCACAGAUACAUCACCGCUGCUUAUCCAGAUUUUAGCAAGGCUUCUGACACCGUCUCCCAUAACAGACUCGUAGACAAACUGAUGAAGAACAGAUUAGAAAAGUGGAUGAGUGUCUGCGGUUGAAGGCCUGUGAUUAGGGACACAAAAUGCAGCUGGAGGCAGUUCACCAGUGGUGUACCCCAAGGGCCAAUACUGUAAUUAUCUGAUCAGUAAGUCUUUAAACAUGAUCUGUGUGGGAGCAAUGAACACCUGAUUUAGGCCAUAUUCUGAGGCUAUCUUCCAGUUCUGUGUGUAACAGAUGGCACUUGGGCUUAUAAUUACCUAAGUCAGAAUAGCAUUGAGAUUAUCAGGGGCCAUAUCCAUCAAACGUACCUGUCUCCUUCUUUCCUGGAAUAGAGCUGGAACCAGAUGUCAUACAGCUGAUACUUGAAAUCGGCAAGGUUUGGCUUUGCUAGGUUUUUUUUAAGCAGAUAUUCAUGAGCUAGCUGAAGGAUAGAAAACCAAGAUAUAUUCACAGUUUACUUUUUAAUUCAGUGUUUUCAGCGACUAAAAAAGAUCUUUCUUACUUUCAUGACUUCUGUCGCUAAGAUAGCAUCAAGAAAACAAUUGUUUUCAACUAUUUCUUCUGGAGUCACUACUUCUGCUACACCGGUUGAUGUCUCAUAGUUGUCCAAUAAGGAAAUAAAGGCUGCAGAAAAAGAGAAACUUUCAGCCUGCUCAUCCUGAUGAACAGGCCAUAUGCCUAACCAUACCGGUGAUCCAUUCAUUACAGAGUCUAAUCAUAAAAAGAUGCCAUAUAAUAUGCCUUGAAAGAAUAGAAGGCAUUCCUUUAUAUGUCACAUUUCAUUUUCAGGUAUGCUGUUCAGUGUAGGUCUAGAGGUGACUCAAAGCCAUAUCACUGCUGUACUUCUUUUUAAGGUAAACAGCUCGCUACUGAGCUUCCGUAUGGAACCAAGUGCUUGAUGACCUUCUACCAAAAUAAAUCAUAUCUGACCACCAAAAUGACAGACAUAGGCUUAUGAACUUGAGCUAUGCUGGCAGAAGGGUCUGUGGGCAUAACUUCAGUAGAAUAAUAAUACAGCAUAAACCUACAUGAGAUGGCUUGAGAAUGUGGCCAGUGAGUGGAUGGGUUAAUUUUCUCCUUUGCAUCCCUUUUGCCAGCUGCUCCCUUCCCUCACCUCAUCUACUCAUGCUCUGACACUCAGUGGACUUUGGGGGCUGAUUCAGUACACAAAGCUGAUAGAAAAAUACUUGAGGUCAAAAACCUAAGUAAUUUCCUGCCAGGUUAGCAAGCUGAAGGCACUCAGCAUAGGGUUCAGUGAGUACCAGAGCUGCCCUCACUAGACACAUGAUUGCAUGGCUCAGAGAGGAGUGGGGGGAACAGAGAAAACUGGUGCUCCCCAUUAUGUCAGCUUAAUGGAACUCUAUCUGGGGAAAAAAAAAAUCAGGGAGGGAAACAUAUGCUUCAAGUAUAGCCCCCAACAGAAAUGCAAGAAGUAGCUGUGGACCUAGUGCUAUCUGAAAGGGCUAGAAGCUGUGAGCAAAGGAGGAAAGAUGAGUUUGGCGUCUUGAUUUUCAAUACAUGGAAUAACAUCAAAGCAAUGACAAGAGUCUCAUCCAUUUCACUUUGUAGUGGAAGAAACACAGAGAAAUUCAGAUUUUGGCUAAGGCACAAAAGGAUGUUCUUCCUGGGGCUGAGACUACAGGUAACCUCCAUGCAAAUGUUGUGGAAACUACCUUCAAAUGACAGGCAGCCUGAUGAUCCUUACCACCACCCAAAUUAUGUAUGAUGUUACAUUUUAGGCAAACACAUAAAACCCAACAUGGAUUCUUCAUGUCAUUUCCACCAUUAACAAAAGAAUGAGUCUCACUUGCAAAAGUUUUUAUGCUCUUCAGGUGUUCUUCAUUUACGUUGCGAAACAGAUGUCUGGCUGCACUGUCCUGGACAGCACUGUCACCUUGCUGUGCGGCACCUGCUUUUCCCUAGGAGAAACACCAGAGUAAAAUAAUGAAAGAAGAUGUCCUUAGUGGAGACAGCGUCUGCCUUUAUAAUAAUCAAAACAAAACCCAUAAUGCCAUCACGAUUCUUUGUUAGGAAUGGUCUUCCUACGAAACAAGAGAAGACAUUACAGAAGAACUGCCAGCAUUAAGAAAAAAGACAUAAUCUGUGACACUGUAAGAGCCUGAAAUUGCUCUGUUAACUCAUCUUCAGAGAUGAUAGCUCAGUUCUGAUCAGUAACCAGCUGUGCUACUAUGCUAUAUACAUCACAAAUGAUAAAGAGAAGUAAUGUAGAGCUAAGGCUCCCUACCACCACAAAUAAAUAAAAAGGAGAUUUGUGCA